GGAUGAUCGUUUCUGUUUGCUGAGGAGGAAUCUAUGAAGCACUGCUUCAGUGUGAUGAAGAUACUUUAGUAAGGCCACAGACAGUCUCCAUCUGAUGACUUCACAGCCACCUGACAGACUAAAAUAAGCAGCCCCUGAGAAUAUCAGUCUGUGCAAAGGGAUUUGACUGUUUUCCUUUCCCAAAGUGUGUGUAUCUGGCCAAGUACUGUAUUUUGCCACCCAAAUUGGCUUGAUUUCGGGAGUCCCAGGCUACUGCCAGUCCUGUUUAGCCCUGGCAUAAAGCUGCAGCAGCUUUCCCCCUAGUCGACUUUCCCUCCAGUGCUAGAGGCACACCACUGAAAAAGAAGACUGUAACCUUGGAAGAAGGCCCUGUAUUGAGGAGGAGAGCAGGACUUGGCUUCAGACAGCAGUUUGUGAAGCCCGCAGGCUGCUUGGAUCUCCCUCAGCCCGUUCUUAGCUUGCAUAUGACGGGCUGACGGCCAGUUUGGUUUGUUGGACAUGUGAAUGAUGCUAACUGGGUUGUUGUGCCCAUUUAGGAAAACCAUCUAUUUCUGAGACUUUUUGCUCAAGGGGAAAGGGGCCCAGCCAUGGAAGGACUUGAGCAGCUUGACAUGGUGGGCGAUAUCAGCCCGGCCCUCGAGGCCACAGAGGACUUUAUCCACUGCAUGGACGGGAUACAAGGCCAAGGUCCAAGCCAAGCCCAAACGGGGACCCUCCAGCCUUCCAGGCAGCCGAAGCAGCUGCAGGAAGUGUCCAGCGCCGCACUGGGGAAGCUGAGCUCCAGCGGCGUGUGGGGCUUGCUGGCCGGAGAGCAGCCGGAGGUGGGGCCUCUAGGCCUGGCCUGGUCCGACAACUUCAGCGUGUUGGGGCUGGGGAUGGGCCUGAGGCACGGCAAGAGAAGCCGAGCUCGCUCCACCAAUGACCUGGCGGCCCAUACCAAGGAGUGCACCAACAACACCGCCAACACCUCGUCCAACUCUGCCUUCAAGAAGGGACACAACCGGUCCAGGUCAGACUUCAACUACCGGCCAUCGGCGUACACAGACAACGGACUGCCGACGGUGGACUGCAACACUCUGAAGAACAUGAUCCUCAACCACCAGCCAGAUGCUGAUAAAAGCAGCAGUAGCAGUGUGGUGAAGCAGGGUGCGAUGGAGCAGCGUGAGGGGCCCCGGGGUCGCUGGACACUCUGCCACGUGGAGCUGACGCCCUGUGAGCUCCGGCUGUACACCCUGGACAGCAGCGCCAACCGCCAGCUGGGUAACGCCUACUCUCUGUCGCACUGCCAGAGCGUCAUCUCACCAGCACCCUGCAGCCAGCCCGGCCAGAGCGCCCAGCCCGCCGACCAACGUACACUCCAGGCUUUGUUCUUCAACAGCAUGCGCCUGCAGCUGCGGGCGGCCAACCAAUGGGAGGCCUUGGAGUGGAGACGGCUGUUGUUGGAGAAGGUGCAGGCAGCCAGACCCGCAAGGAAGGAGAACCACCAGCGGAAGACCGGUGUUGAAAAGCAACAUGCCGUCCAUUUCCCUGCGCCCAUGUCACCGUCCUCGUCGCCCUCUCCGUCAGGCCUCGACACCAGGCCCGAUGGUGACAGCAACACCCCCACGUCAGCGGAGGCGUCGCUCUCCCUCCAGUCUAACUCUUCCAUCCUGAGCAGACCCACCACCCUGCCUCUGUUCACGCAACGCUGCCAGGACGUCCUCAAAGCUGGUCUGCUCUACCAGCUGAUGGAUCAGAACACCUCACGGGCUUUCACCUUUGUCCUGACCAGAACCACUCUCCGGGCUUUUCCCACCGAGGGCCGGGGGUGCGUGUCCCAGCCCGUCCUCCAGUUCUCCCUGGCCUCCUGCUUGGCCGUGAAGCACAAUCAAGAGCCUGAAAACGGGGAACCGUGGCCAGCCAGAGGGGACUGCUUCCAGAUAGUUUUCCCCAAAGAGGUUCUCAGACUUCGGGCGGACGAUCAGCUCAAGGCCCAGGAUUGGGUGGAGGCCCUGCGCGAGGCGGUCGGAGCGCAGAGGCCGGCCCAAGAAGAGGCGGGAAAGUCGGGAGAAGGAGCUCCAGCCCUCCAGGGAGUGCUGUUGAGAUCUAAACCGUCCAGGGAGAGGAGACAGCGGGAGGCCCAGAGAGCCAAGCGGCAGUCAGUCACCACUAGUUUCCUCAGUAUUCUCACCUGUCUGGCUGUGGAGAAGGGACUGACGGCUCAGAGCUUCAGGUGUGCAGGUUGUCAGCGUCCAGUCGGUCUCUCCAGAGGAAAGGCGAAGGUCUGCUACUACAGCGGCUGGUACUACUGCCAGAGCUGCCAUCAGGACAAUUCUUUCCUCAUCCCAGCACGUCUGCUGCACAACUGGGACACCAGCAAGCACAAGGUGUCUAAACAGGCCAAGGAGUUCCUGGAGUUUGUGUAUGAGGAGCCUCUGUUGGACGUCCAGCAGCUCAACCCUUGCCUGUAUGAGCACUGUGAGCCUCUCAGCACUGUGCUGCGUCUCCGUCAGCAGCUCCAGUCGCUGCGGGCCUACCUGUUCAGCUGCCGAGCAACCGUCGCCGAGGACCUCAGACGAAGGAUCUUCCCCAGGGAAUAUCUGCUACAGCACAUCCACCUGUACUCCAUGGCUGACCUGCAGCAGGUGAUCGAUGGAAAACUGGCUCCCUUCCUGUCCAAGGUGAUCAAGUUUGCGAGCGCCCACGUUUUCAGCUGCAGUUUGUGUCGAGAGAAAGGCUUCAUCUGUGAGCUCUGCCAAAACGGACAGGUCAUCUACCCCUUCCAGGAGAACGCCACCAGGAGGUGUGACGGCUGCGGCGCCGUGUUCCACACAGAGUGUCGACAGAAAGCACAGCCGUGUCCCCGCUGUGUUCGCAGAGAGCUCCACCACAAGAGGCCGUCCUCCUUCUGGUCACCUGACGACGACAGCCCCGGGUGCUUUCACCUGCCCUACCAAGACACCUGAGACGCACACACUCACACACACACACACACACACACACACACACACACACACACACAAACAAAAGCAGUAACAGUUAGGGUGCUGCCAGGCCAUGACGCUGGACAAAGUGCCUGUUUUUCUGAAUCAUGCAGGGACCACAGGACAAAUUCUGUGACAAGAGUUCAGAGCACCUGAUGCAUCAUCAGGUUUUUGUGUUUAUGUGUGUGUAGCUGCUGAAACACACACCUGAGCUAGGGCAUCUUUGUCCAACAGUGAAGUACAGGGAGAACACCAACUGAAGAUCUACUGCACCAGGCUUUACAGACUGAACUACUUGUAUUGUGUCAAACCUCACACGUCAAGGUCAUCAAGGUCCACCAUCUUCAUCCUUUUACCACAUCACGGCUUUCACUUAAUCCCAAAUCACAGCUGAUAAACUGGAGACAUUCAAACUAACAGUUGGAACAUUUCUGUGGUUUAUUCUAACCAACGUCUUCCAGCACAAGUUCACUGAUGAAACCUUUAUAAAAUGGACAGAAAAUGAAUUAACAAUUUUAGCAAUUGAUUAAUAAUUCUGUCAAAUGUGAAGAUUUGCUGUUUUCCUUUUGGUUUCUGACUGUUGGUCAAGCAAAAUAAGUUCAUUUUUUUGUCUUUGUUUACAGAUUAAAUCUUGAGAAAAACACAAAUGUAUGUCAUUAGUUGCAGCCCAACUCACGAUUAAGUGAUCCAAAAGUAUUUCAGUAUGAAACUGUCACAGUGUUGUAUUGAAAGUUGGCUGCAAAAAGAUUCCUUCUUUAGAGAGAAUAACAGUUGUCAACGUUGAUUAAUGUCCGUUGCUAUGAAAUAAAAUAAAAAAGUAUAGGUGCACAUUUGUUCCAUGUCUGUGUUGAAACAACAGUCGUAUGCUCACACGAGCAAUGGGACAGGUUUUAAUUCCUGCUGUUCAUAGUGGCAAUAAAAAAAGAUCCCUGUCUGAAUUCAUUUCAAUGCAAGUUAAUAUGAGGCUUCAGCAGUCUUAGUCAAAUCAAGUUGGUAUUUUCCAAAGUUACGGUCUGUUUAAAAUAUAAUGUUCUCUUUGUGUUACUGUCCUUCGCCUCGUCUCAGCAAAGAACCAAAAAAGGGAAUUUUGUACAAAAAAGGCUCUAACUUUGGAAUAUAUACACUUGAUUUGAUGAUAUUUUAAACGAUGGUAGGAACAGGAGGAAUGAUUACAGCAAGCAAAAGCUUCACAAUGUUAGUAAGGGUAUGUGAGGAUUAUUUUAAGAUUAAUCAGUUUUCAGAACAUCAAUAGAGGCUUCUCAAACAACCACUGCAGCAAAAUCCAUUAUUUCACUGUCCGUCUAUAAGCUCACUAUGUCCCAAACAUACAUUUAUAUUUGCUAUAAUAUCGUUUAAAACACGUCUUUGAAAGCCUGUGCAAGUACCAAAUACAAUAAAGCAUUUCCUGUUUUCAUGUAAUGCUCCAGCAGUUGAUUAAGAUUUUGUGAGAUUAAGACAUUUUUUUUAAACGGUUGUCUUACACUUGUGACAGGCAUUUAAGUUUUUCUGAAGUUUUAAAGACCAAGAGAUUUAUCAAGGAAAAGUAUCUAUGAUGAAAAUGAUAGUAAAUCCCCUAGUAGUUAUUAUUUACUUUGUUUAUAUGGAUCAACAGCAGGAAAUGGGUUAUGCUGCAGGAACGACUUCAUAAGUUUAAUUUGACGUUCUGAUAUUUCUCUCUCCAACCGUAACAACUUGACGCCAAUGAAAACUAUUGUAACUGUACAAAUCCAAACAUAUUGGAUUCCAUUUUUGGGUUCAUUUGGGAAGUAACUGGCCAAUAAAUUGGGAUGUUUAAACCAUUAAUAUUAAUAUUAUAAUAACAGAAGUUUUAAAUGAUAGCUCGAAUUGAUUUAAUACAUGUGGAAUGGAAAAUGAUUUUGAACUGACUCAUUUUAAAUCAGUGUUAUUUUAAUGUAAAACUGAAAACAGGCUUGAAUUUAAAAAAGGGACUCUGUCAGUCUGUCUGAGCACAUUAUAGUCUUACUGUAAAUCAACAGGGGCAAUAAUCUACUGUAACUUAUUAUUUCGUUGUUGCCUUUUAUCUCCCCUCUUCCUCUUAUUCUACUUCCUGUUGUGCUUUAUUCGUGCAGAAUCUAUCAGAUAUGAUAGCAGCUUUAGCUUUUAGUAUCUCUAUGCAAACUAGAUGGCCUUUAGAACUCUCUGCUUUCAUGUGUAAAGGUCUUGAAACACUUUACAUUUAUGUUUUCUUUACACAAAGAAGCUGUGUUUCCAUCCUCUUUUAGGCAAAUGUUAUUGAAAUGAUAGAAAAAUGAACAUUAGUCAGGUUUGAUGCUGAUAAAUCAGCGAACUGAUGCCCAAAAAUAAAAGCCAAAACUUAAUCCAACAAAGUACAUUUAUAAAGUGGAUAACAUUAAGUUCUUAUUUUUCUACAAAUCAAAACACAGUGUUGCUCCAAUCAGAAACUGGAAACCUUUAGUAAAUGCUGCCUCCAUUGAUCUUUUAAAGCUGCACUGCUUGUUUUUUCUGUUACAGCAAGUUGAAUUUGUAUUAUUUUGGAUGGAACCGUAGCUGCUAUUUCUUCCUGCCACUUGUUUUCUUUUCUGAGAAACUGCAUUCUCAGUGGCGUCGGACUGAUUUUAUCUUUUUUCAGUGUUAUUUCUUUUUGCUCAUCUGUCUUUUUCUUGUUUUUCUAACCUUGUUUGAGCCAAAAAACAUUUUACCUUUGACGGAUGUUUGUGUGUGAAUAAUCUUCCGUAAUCAGCAGUAGGUUUAUUAGUGAAUAUGUAUUUUUGAGAUCAAACUGUUUGUGAAGCAUGUAGGUUACUGUAGAAAACACUUAACCGAUUGUAGUCUAAAAUAUGGCAGGAAAAGUGCACUGAUUUGUCAGUUUAUUAGAUUUCAUUUUUACUUUGAAGGUCUUAUAGGCGAUAUUAAAAGUAAUUUAAGUUAUUGUUGACUGAUUUAGCCUACUUCAUAAAAACUGAUGAAAGGGUUGCAAAGCCUCUGAGUGAAAAAAAAUGUAUUUAUAUGUUGUAUGAUUUUUUGUUUUUAAUGCUUUUUUUUUAAAGCGUUGCUGGUUGACUUGUACUAUGGAGCCCAACAUGUUUCAGGGAUUGUUAAAUUGUUUUUUAUUUAUUUAUUUGUGUACCCAGAUAAGAGUUCUGCUUAAGUUUUCUGGGUGGAAUUUGCCAUUUAAAGUUUAUGUUAUGCGCAUGUUAAUACAUAGACAUAAUUAGACAUUGUUAGACUAAUUUGUCAGUAAAUAUUCACUUAACUGAAGAAAAUAUCAUACUGAACCAUACUGUACCAAACUGGGUGCAAAUACACAAUAGUGAUGAUUAUACAAGAGCAUGAGUUACCAAUCCAACCACACAAAUAACCCCCAAUACCUGCUGGGCUCUGUAGUUUGCCUCUAUGUAGUUACAGUAGCUGAUUUGUAGAGUUGUGUAUCUGAUCACUUUGAACUUGUAUUUAUUUAUUUGCUUGUUUUAUGCAGUAUGUCCGUCUGUUUAUUAGUACGAAGGGAAUUAUUUAAUUUUUUUUACUGUCCCUUCUACAAUUUUGCCCAUUUUCGUCAUUUUUUUGACAAAACAAUGAGUACACUAAACUGUAUUUACAGGUUGUCACUGGACUGAAAAUGUUUAUGUUUAUGUUGCAGGCACAUUUCCAUCAUUGCAGUAUGUUUUACUUGACGUGUUUGGAGAAGAAUAUAUUGUAAAGUAUCUAAGUAGAAUACCUGGAGUGAAAUUCCUCUCUCUUUUGCACUUUCUAAGUUAUUUUUAUUCUUUUAAUUGCAGCCAAACUUCUUAUGCAAAUACAGGGAGUUGAUUUUCUGAUUUAAUCCUCCUGUCUGGUUUUGUUCAAAUUUGUCCGCUAGCCAAU